CAGUACUCUGUGUCAGAGCGCAGAGCGCGUGUGACAGAAAGCAUCGAUAGACACACCAUCGCUUUUUUUUUAUUACACAUAUGUUAAAAUUUUCACCGGACUUUCUGCUUAACAGUCAUUGUUUGGGUUUUCGGAGUAAAGCAGUCCACGAAAAAAACAUGUGCAACACGGAAGAGAGUUGUGCUGUGCUAGGCUCCAGGCAGCAGGCUCCGGGGCCUCUGUGGUGCUCCGAUGCCCCUCUCCCACUGACGAAGAUCCCGGGUGGGCGAGGGACAGGCAGGGAUCUCCCUCACAGUGUACUGCACAAGGACGACAAGUUGACAGUGACCCGAGCGGGGUCGGUAAGCGGGGAUCCACCCGUUUUGCUCUUCCAGUACCAGCUAAGCGAGCGACGGUUCUCUUGCUGGGACACGGUUCUUUCAGACGAUGCACUCUAUUUGGAAAUCCCUGAUGGGGCUCUCCACAGUGGCAGCAAAGAAAGUUUCACCAGGCUGUUGGAGUUUGCAGAAGAACAGCUGAAAGUCAGCUUCGUAUUCCUGUGGUUUUACAAAAACAGAGACGAUCGAGCAUCCUUAAUGAAGACCUUUCACUACAUGGGUUUCGAAGUGGUAAAACCGGGUCACCCGCUGGUGCCGGCCCGACCCGAACUUCUCUUCAUGGUCUAUUCGAUGGACAGCAGCAGCAGUUCUGAUGAAGAGUGACCAUUAACCCCCCAGCCUUCCUCUUUACCCUCUUUGUGAUAACAUUACCCUGCACCAAAGUGACUUUUAGCCAAGGGCUAAGACGGGGAAGGGCCAGCUAACACGGAUUGGUUCAGUUUCUGUUAUUAUCCCACCGAUCAAUUCGGAUCGGUCGGUUCAUUAGCGAGAGUUGGGUUGGUGCUAAACAGAAAUUCGGCAUAUCCUCUGUAAUUCACACUGUAUAUCAAACUGUCUGUACUGUUGUAUACUCUACUAUGUAGUGGACAUUGAAAACUGAAUAUAGAUAACAGGUUAUAUGAUUUUUGCAGAAGGGAAAUGUUAAAUUGAUUGUAUUUCCAGUGAAGGUUUUGCAUACGGGUGCUGGUGAAACGGGGAUUUUUAUUUGAUUCCAGUUCGGCACUCCUCACUGUCCUGGAUUUGUUUUUAGUUAACAGUUUCACUACUUUGACCAGUUAAUCAUUCAACAUGCUCAAAGGAAGCGAGCUGCAUAGCUCCUAGCAACUAAGACUGUUUCACUAACCGCACAUUUAGCUCUCAAGUCUUCAAAAUCCCAUUACGAUUUACACUGCAUUUCAACUCGGAUGGUUUGAGUUUUCAACUUCCUACUGGGAGAAACGCAAUAGGAAAGCUUCAAUAUAAAGUGCAUCAUUCCAGACCCCAAGGCACUUGAAUCAAGUGUAGUUUAUUUAGUAUUUUUUCAGUUUGGCUGUGAGGUUUGCUUGUGACUCGAGAGUAGAGUAGGUUUUAAAACAAGAAGCCAAGCACAAACUCCUACUUCUAGAUGUUUGUGAGAGAACAGUCAAUUCUUGUUUAGAUUCUCCUCAGUGGCUUUUACAUGUAAUGCAAAAGGCCCUGAUGUCUUCACUUUCGCUUUUUUGCUUGGGAGAUGCAUAAAGCAGAGUGUCUUCUAUACGAGUCCCAUCUUAAUGCAUCACACCUUUUUCUUCACCAUCUUAAAAGCAACCAUCAGGAAACAAGAACCAACUCCACCCUUGGCCUCUUGGGGACUUCACCGCAAGCACUUUAGGAAAACACAUGCGAUUUAGCCUGCGAUGCAUUGUAUAUCCAUUACAGAUAUGCUUUGAGCUGCCGAGAUGUCUUGCUGUGUUUAGCGAACGUGACGCACUUGCCAAAGAUAAUGGUCUCCAUUCAAGUCUAUGGCCUCAAGUUUCAUACAGAUGAUACAUUUUUUAUCGUAGCAACGCUAUGAGAUGGCAAAAUCAGUCCCGUUGUAUUUACGGGUAUAAGAUGCAAAAACAUUCCCCAGUACUGAAGCCUCCGUUUCUCAGAUUUCUGGUGCAAUCUGUACCAAAUCCUGAACCAAUGUUCUGAAUCCAGUUCUGUGUACUUAACAAGCAGGAUGGCCUUUAGGUUUUGCAUGUGUAAAUAUUACCUUUCCUUAUAGCUGUAAUGAUACGCUUUCAGAGAGUUUCUUCGCUCAUCCACUUAAAGUUUAUUUUUAUCUUGAGCAAUUGAUUUUAUUUUGUCUAUAUUGAUUGAUUUUUUGUAGUGUAGAAUUUUGAGCAAAUGAGAUAUUAUCAUUUAUUGACAAUCUACACUUGUAUACCUUAAACUUUACUUAUGUUCAAAUAAACGUGAGAAAAAUAAAA